AUGUGAUGGCGGCGCCCGUGCAGACUCAGGCGUGCAGCAGCUUUCGGAGGAGCGCAGGGCGCGCGCAGCUCCGCGGGACACGGACUACCGGCCGCGCGCUGCUCACCACCUCCAGCGGAGUGACGGGGCUGGAUCGCGCGCUGGGUGGUGGCUUAGCAGUUGGAAGCCUGCUGCUAAUCGAGGAGGAUCAGACUGAUAGCUACUCGAGGCUGCUACUGCAGUACUUCCUGGCGGAGGGCGUGGUCUGCGGACAUCAGCUCUACCUGGCCUCCGCCCGAGACCACCCUGACGACAUCAUACAGGAUCUUCCGUUACCGAUUUUGGAUGAUGAUGUCACGCCAAAUCUGGGUGAACUUCUCCCAUCUGCAGACGCACAGCCUCCAGAUGCCAUGAAGAUCGCCUGGCGCUACCAGAACCUUCCAAAAGUUCAGACCGAGCUGGCCUCCUCAUCUCGUUUUGGACAUUACUAUGACCUCUCUAAGCGGAUGGACUCGCAGAUGCUGCAGGCCACUCAGUUCCACACCUUCUACCUUCCGGAGGAAACAGAGAAGUGGAGCAGCUCUUUAGGACCCUAUUCUGGUUUGCUGCGGUCAAUUCAGACAGUUAUCCGGAAUGAAGGCUUUGAUGGGUCCAGUUCACAGGGUAAAGUGCGGAACGUGUUGCGUUUGGGUCUCCACUCUUUGGGCUCCGCCCUCUGGGGGGACGAUGUGUGUUUAAGCGAAAGCCCCGCCCAUGGCCACACCCUCACCACCUUCCUGUAUGCCCUGCGAGCCCUGCUGCGCUCCUCCCUCUCUGUCGCCGUGGUGACCGUACCUGCCCACCUCAUACAGAGUAAGUCAGUGUUGGGGAGGAUGGUGAAGCUGAGUGAUGCGGUUGUUGCUCUGGAGUCGUUCUGCAGUUCUGAGCGAGAGACCAGCGCUGUGUACAGAGAAUAUCACGGUCUUCUCCACAUUCGGCAGGUUCCCCACCUGAACUGCCUGGUCUGUGAAGUUCCUGACAACAAAGAUCUGGCGUUUAAACUCAAGAGGAAGCAGUUCAGCAUCGAGAAGCUGCAUUUGCCUCCUGAUUUGUCGGAGACGGUCAGUCGGGUCAGUGAAAGUAAAGCAGAGUGUUCUUCAGGCUGUGGUUCUGCCCCCAGUGGCCAUGCGCAGCUCGACUUCUAGAAUGUUCUACACCCGUCCAACCGUGUGCGCUGCAGUUCUGUGUGAAUGCUGUGAUGAUGAGCUCAGUGUGAGCACUGGGAUCCACUUCCACCGCGCGCCGUCUAUUUAUUAUUUAUCCUGCAGGUUAUUAAAUAUCUCUGAUUGUUGCACCUGAAAA